CGCAGAGUGGGACCCCUGCAAGGAUGAACCCAGACCUUCCCUGCGGGUGUCUCCUUCGCCGCUUCGCGUCCCCCUGGCCUUCCUGAGGGCGCUGCGCACCAUUUCUUCUUCCCGCCUCAUUCCAUCCCUCGCAACAACCCGGCCCGGGAGACUGGGCGAAGGACAUCAUGGCCGGACCGAGGUCGCGUGUCUUAAAAAGUGGAGCCCUGAACGCGAGUUUCCCGGGUCCUUCUUCAAGGAAAGACAUUUGGGCCUGGAGGGCGAAUGGAGUGGCGGGAAUCCUCAAAGCGAGAGAGGCCUCUCCUCAGCCUCCGCGCCAGCCGCGCGUUGAUUGUGAGGCGAAAAAGGCGCGCAAAUGUUUCCUUUCCCGCCACGAAGAACAAACUUCUCAUUUUCUUUUCCUUAGCAAACUUUAUUCGGCGUUGAAAACAAAAUAACCCCGCAACGCAAAGCCUCCCCUUCUGAGGCGAAAAGAGAGCCUCGCCCCGACUCGGCUUCUCCCUCCCCCGAAACUCGCUUCCGUCUCCACCUCCUCAGGCGGCCUUCGCCCCGCCGGAUUCCAGAGGGGGAAAUGCACUGUGCGGGUGGAAAGCUCCUCCUUCCCUCACAAAAACUUCUCCGCCCUGCUCCGAGCCAAGGAGGCGAGAGAUCCUCCGCCGGGCGGUGGAGUGUUUAUGAAGAAGGAAAACUAUAAGUCCUUUAAAAUGCAUACAUCCAUGUGACAAAAGCAGUGUGACUAACUUUUCGCUAUGUAGCACCUCUGUUAUUUGAGCCUUCGCUAUCCAAAACCACUGAAUCAAGAGACGCUAUGUCUUGCAUCCAGCCCUGUGGCACCAUAACUCUUUGUGUGAAUAGCUCUUCCAUUAUUAAGUUGGUAAUGUCAUAGCUGCUGCUUUUGUGUUGCAGUAGAAAUAUAUUCGCAGAAAGCGAAUGUAAUCACGACUACUGGGAGAGGCGUCAGAACCCUACAGAAAAGAAAUGGCAGCUGAUAAAGCCCUUCAGCUAAAUAAUGCAGUAAGAAGAGGAUCGAUCAAGACUGUCCGGCAGUUGAUAGAAGAAGGUAAUGAUAUCAAUUCAAAGGUGAAUGAUGGAUGGACAGCCCUUCACAGUGCUGUACAAAUGAACGAAGAGGCGAUUGCCCACCUUCUGCUGGACAGAGGAGCCGAUCCACUUGCUAGGAAGGACAACGGAGCUACCCCCUUUAUUCUAGCAGGGAUAACAGGCAAUGUUGAACUUUUAAAGCUCUUCCUUCAGAAGGGGUCGGCCAUCAAUGAGUGUGAUUUGAAUGGUUUCACGGCAUUCAUAGAGGCUGCUGGGUAUGGGCGAGAAGAGGCCCUGAGGUUUUUGUAUGAGUGUGGGGCAGAUGUUAACUUGCCCAGAAAUGUGGCUGAUGAGGAUAAAAGGGCCCUGAAUAAAGGUGGAGAAACAGCCCUGAUGGAUGCUGCCAGGUAUGGCCACUGCUCUGUUGUCAAAGUCCUAGUUGAAGAAUUGGGUGCUGAUGUGAACAUCUGCGACAACUGGGAGAGAAAUGCAUUGGUCCAUGCUCUCUCAGUGACUAAGAAGGAUCAGGCCCAAGGCAAAGAGGCAGCUGCCCUUUUCCUCUUAAAACAUGGGGCUGACGUGAAUAAGAGAGAUGAAGAUGGGAAAACUACUUUGAUCCUGGCAGCUGAAAGGGAAAGCCUAGACCUGGUGAAGGCUAUAUUGGAAAAAGAAGAAGUGGACGUGAACGAUGCUGACAGAAACAACAAAACAGCCCUUAUGGCAGCAGUGGAAAUGGAAAAUUAUGAAAUAGCGAAGACAUUGUGUGAAAAGGGAGCAAGAACAGACAUUGGGAACUUGAUAGAUAUGGCCAGCCUGAAUUACAACAACAGAAUGAUAAGGCUUCUUCGCCAGUAUGGAGCAUUGUCUUGUCUAAGGCAGCCAGAAAUACAAUGGACCUCUGCUAGCAGACACUGGCAAUCCAAGCUCCGAGAUCUUUAUGGAAAGUAUCGUCCUAUGAUUGGAAAACUCAAGAUCUUCAUGUUUCCAGAUUUCCGAAUUCAGACAAGUUCCCACGGAGGCGUCUACCUAGGAUUCUACAAUGGGGAAGAGGUGGCUGUGAAGAUAUUCCCCACCACUGCAGAAAAUGCUAAACGAGAGAAAACCUGCCUUGAGAAGUGCCGUACCAGCAAACAUCUGGUGAAGUUCUGUGGGUGGGAAGAGCAGAACUCCUCUCUCUACUUGUGUCUUUCCCUAUGUGAGAAAAACCUUGAGGAAUACUUCAGGACAGCAGAGACUGAGAAUGGAACUAUGAGAAGUAAUGUUAUUAUUGAAACAAUAUUUCAGGCAGUGAAGGAACUGCACUCAUUUGGAUUUGGGCAUCAAGAUCUGCACCCAAGUAACGUUUUGAUAGAUGUCACAGGCAAGGUUUUUCUAGCAGAUUUUGAUAAGUCCAGAAAAAUAGAUGAUGAAAAAGAUCUUACCAUCACAGAAGAUCUGCAGGCUCUCGGAAGUCUAGCCCUGUAUGUUGCUAUGAGGGGGAGAAUCCCCUUUGAAACCUUGCCUGCACAGUGUCCAAAGGAUGUCAAUGAUCACUUUGAAAUAGAAGACCUCAGAGCAAGACUGGAAUCUCCUGAUGAAAACAUCCCAGUCACUGAGCAACUGGGACAGUUGAUCUACCAUCCUUAUUUCUGGAGCAAGAAGGUGAGAUACAGGGUCUUAAGAGACGUUGGGAAUGAGAGCGAUAUAAAGACACGCAACACUCGGCACCAUAACAGCACUAGUGAAAUUCUGAAGGCUCUGAAUAGUGAGGAAGAUCCUUUCAAGGACUGGACUGAAAAGAUUGAUAAGGAUGUAUUGGACUGUAUGGUUGGUCCCUUUAAUGAGAAGAAAAAGAAUAAGAAAAACAAUAAAGAUUAUGAAAACUGUGUGACGGAUUUACUGAAGCUGAUCAGGAAUAUGGGGGAGCACUUCAGUGAGAAGGAUGAGAAGGUGAAGGAAAUAAUCAAGGAGCCAGAAGACUAUUUUCUGAACCUUUUCCCAAAUUUAACAACUUAUGUCUACCGGACUUUGCAUAAUAUACAAUAUGAUAAACAUUUUCCGAAUGCACAAAAUUCUUCUCAGCUAUAAUGGGGACCAAUAGACAGAGAUUCUUCAUGAGAGUUCUCUUCUGUUUCAAGCUGUAAGAAUAAUUAAGAGGCAAGCAACAUGUCCCUCUUUUUCUGAGCCUCUUUCCAGAAUUAAUCAUUUUCAUCUUGCCAGAAUUUGUGCAACACAGGAUGAUAUAUAUUCUCCAAGCGCUCAGAACCCUUUUCAUUUGCGAUGAGAAUCGGCAGCAGUUGAUUCUUGCACGUGACUCUUCUGCCUUUCUUCAGUUUGCCCCAUUCAGCUAAGAUACCAGAUAAAGUCAAAUAAGAAAGUCAAAUAAGAAAGCUGCAGCACAUGUAAUAUAAAGAGACAGAAAGGAAGGUUGUGGCUGGCAGAAGGGAGCUUUAGUUGUCUAUGCAUUUGCGAAGCUUGUUUGCUUGAAAUUGAGGCUUUCUCUCACCUACCAGCAAAACAUCAAUCCAGAUGUUGUAUAAUUUCCUGAAUUUUAUGCUCUGCAGUGGAAAGAGAAAAUAAAUACUUUCUAUUACAUUC